AUGCUUGCUGAGCGUGUUAUACAAAGUAUUCCCAGAUCAUCCUCACACGCAUAUCUAGGACGCUGGAUGAGCCCGCCUCAGAACAAGCUGGAUUCCGCCAAGGGUUCGUGCUUGGCACAUCCAGACCGUGUCGAGGGUCAUGGAGGUUUGCCGCGAAUACCGCCUGCCCUUGUUCUAACCUUCGUCGACUAUGGAAAGCUUUUGACAGCGUAG